UUUUAUUCGUUGGCCGAUCAGACAGCGGAUCAUCGGCGAAAGAGCACCCAGUUACUGUUAAACAUUAAUGUUGUUUGGGACAAGAUCUCACACCGCAAACGACAGAGUUUUUGUGAGGAUACCGAGUGCAGAAGAUUGAGGCGACUUGACGUCUCCCAAAAUUCACCAGGAUGCCGAUUCCUCCUCCUCCCCCUCCGCCUGGACCUCCACCACCCCCCUCCUUUAACCAGGCGAACACCGCAACUCCGAAACUCAAUCAAAAUGAAGGGAAAGGAAGAGGAGCUCUUCUGUCAGACAUCUGCAAAGGCGCCAAACUGAAGAAGACCGGUCCGGUCAAUGACAGAAGUGCACCGGUCAUUGAAAAGCCUGGAGGUCGAGGUGGCGGUGGUGGAGGAGGUGGAGGUGGAGGUAGUGGAGGAUUUGGAGGUGGUUCUGGGCCAAAGGCUAUGGGAGGGUUAUUCAGUGGAGGAGUGCCUAAAUUACGACCAGUCGGAGACAGCUCUGUAGGACGGUCAGCGUUGCGGCCGCCUGGCUCUCGCCCGGCAGUACCUCGUGUUCAGAGUCAUUCUGAAGCGGACGGCUCCAGUCGUGGUGAUGGAGGUCGCUCCUCACCUCCUGAACAACCACGAAACCAACGUCCCACCCUGCCAGAAGUCUCCAAACAAUCUGCUGCCAGCAGCUCCGCAAAACCCGCCAGCUCAGCUCCACCUCCACCCCCGCCAUUCAAUCGCGGUGGCAACCGCGGACCCUCAGCCCAACAGAGUUCUGGGGCACAUAGUCGUGAGAAACCCCUUCCUCCACCACCACUUGCAAGCAAGGGGCCUCCACCACCUCCAUCUUCUGCUCGCGAUGGGCCCCCUAAACAGCACCCCGUUUCAUCUCGCACCUCUUCAUCCUCCUCCUCUUCUUCAAAUGCACCCCCACCCCCUCCUCCUUAUCGUCAGCCGCCGUCUGCAAAUGGAGACCCCGCCCCGGAGUUGCCUCAGAGGCGAAACUCGCUGAACAAGAGAGGCCAUGCCAAUGCUAACGUCCGUAGCCAGGCUCCUCCACCGCCUGCCCAGCAGAACAGACGACCCCCACCACCAGUGCGCAGCACAGCUCCUCAGGUUCCUCCUCCUGCAUCUCGUAAUGGGGCUCGGGAAACGCCACCCCCUCCACCCCCUUACCGUGGCGGGCCACAAACGUCUUCUGAACCCCCUAGUAGAGGAAAGCCCCCUCCCCUCACCUCUACAGGACGUCAGUCUUCAGGACACACAUCUUUUCCUCCUCCUCCUCCACCUGUCCGGAAUGGACACACGUCAUCUGCCCCCAAGCCCUUUUUUGAUGAUUUUGAGUCUAAGUACGACUUCCACCCUAUAGAGGACCUGCCUCCACCUGAAGAAUAUAGACACUUCCAGAAGACCUAUCCUAGCAAAAACAACCAGGGGAGAGGUGCUCCUCCACUGCCUCCUGUUGGAGGAAGAUGAACGCCAUUCAGGGAAGAGAAGGACCUAAAAAGAUGACACAAACACACAAACGUACAUGCUGUAUACAGUAUAUAUUUAAGUGUGUUUGUCACGUUAAUUACACAUAAAAAUACACUAAUAAUGUGACAUCUUUCUAAGGGAAACACUAUUAAUAGCUACAUGAUCUCUGAUCCAAACCACUCCAGAAUGCUGUACCUCUAGACCUGAGAACUGUGCAAUAUUCCUGUGCUGCCUAGACAAUGCACCUUCUGUUAUUGUGUCUGAUGACAGCGACACAGCAAAGCAAACCAAGGCAGAGUAGACAACUCCAGUUACCGUGAAGCUAGAUGUGUACUUUCCGCUUGUUUCUUACAGCAACCAAAGUUUUUUUAUUCAAUGAGAAAAUGUGUAGCACUUGUAGAUUAUCGAUGUCUAUGCAUAUCAGACGCAAAGUCUGUAUUUCUCUGGACAAUCAUUUUAUUUUUCACUUUUUAUCCUUACUUUAAUUAUAUUUUUUUGCUUUCCAAAUCUAUCAGGAAUGAGGUAGUUUAAAUUGUAAACGUGUUUGCUUACACUACAAAGGCUAUGAAACAACCUCGUUUAUUGUUCGGUCUGCAGUUGUGUUUUCCUGGUCACGCUACAGAAUCAGAGCCAAUUCUGUCAUAUAAGUUUUAAGAGAUUUUAAAAAAUAUAUAUAUAUUUUUUUUAUUGGCUCUAUGUUGAAUCUAAACUACUUUAUACUGACCAAAUACACACUAAGUGCCAGCGGAUCUGCAGAAGACUGUGUUUUUGAAACAGUGCCAUCUUCUGGAUCACCUGCACCCUUUUCCUGGCUUGGUACCAAUGUUUCUGGGUCAUUUAUAGAUUGCCUUUUUGUUUGAAACCUAAAAUAAAUUUCA